GGUCUCGUUCGCCUCGCCUGCGCGGCGAGCCGAAUCGCUCGAGACUCUCGGGCCACAAAGAAAUUCACAUAAAAUCAGACUACAAACGAAUUGCCCAUCAUCAUGGCACCGUUCUCGCGGACGGAGAAGUUCUUCGUCGCGCACUGCGCGUUGCUCGCCGUAACAUUGGUGAUAGCCGCAAUCGUAGGGUUUUCGAUGUUUUGGCUGGCGCGCCGACGGAACGACCCGGCGCGACAAUGCCUCAUCUGGGCGAGAUUCGCCGUUGUCUUCUUCAUCCUGUUCUGCUUCACCGAAUUUUGCGCCGACGCCGUAUGGAUAGCCUUCUCUCGAGUCACACGCACAGCGAACGAAGAUGGGUUCGUAACGGAAGACGAAUACAACAUGCUGGCGAAACUACGGCAAGCUAGUCUCGAGCUCUCGGCUGUUUCGCGCUUCACCGACUGCGUCCUCCUCAUCUGCUGCUGGAUGACCGUGAUCCUUCUAGGGGUUGGCGUCAAUAUUGUCCGAACGGGCGAGCCAUCUCGGCUCGACAAGCCCAUGAAGAUCGGCUCGUUUGCCUUGGCGGGCAUCCUGGGAGGUUUGGCGAUCGCGGAAUGGGGCAUCAAGAUCCAGGCGCAUGUGUCAUUCGACACAGACUUGUACAACCUGGAAACGGAAGUUGGGUAUUCUAGCUACCUCCUCAACGUGGCGACCAGGCUGGACUUUUCGUUCGUUGUGAUCGCGUGGGCGCUCAGCAUAGCGACGCUGGUGCGUUCGACGAUGAUCUGGCUACCGAGCCGGGUAGACAAACGGUUAGACUGGCCCCUGUUGUUCUUGAUGCUCUGUUGCGGCGCACUGCUCUUCCGAACGACGUACGAGCUCAUCUAUCAGCUCAAGUUCACAGACUUUAACGACAUCCUACAUACGCCCCCAGAACCAGCAUACAUUGAGCUGAUUGAGAUUGUCUUUCAUACCUGGUUGAUCUUCGCCAUUGUCGUCAUGUUGCUUUCCUUGGCAGCAAAGAAGCGCGGCGGACUGUGGUCGACACAGCAACCCUUCUUGCACGGCCCGGAAGCGGGAGACGGUCAGGAGGCGGGAGACGGCCAGGACAUACCUCUAGAAGAUAUGAAUGUCGAUCCGCCAGCGUACUCUGCUGCCCCGGGCGCCAACAACGGACCCCCAGCUGGUGCCGCGCCGCCUGCAGCUGCCGAAGCGCCGGCGGCUCAUCCGAAUCCAGGACUAGCUGGACCAGAACCCUGGCAGCAGGCUGCACCACAGAACGAGCCCGCCGAUGAUGACCUCGUAGAUGGUCUCGGUCUCGGCGGUACACCAUCACGCUACCGACCACCUGUGCCCCAGGGUGACGGCUACAAUUCCGGCAUCGUAGCCCCUAUGGUACCGGCAGAGGCGGAGGCAGGGCCCGCCGACGGGUACGGGAUGGGGAUAUCGUCGCAACCACCGCCCGAGCACGAAGAAGUCAUGGGGUUGAACCACCAGGCUGACGGCAGGCCGCCGAUCUCUGAGACUUUGCCGUACCCGGAGAAGAACUAACCAAGGAGGCACAGGGGUUUUUCUUUUGGCGUUGCGUGUUUUCAGCGACAGUUUGGGAAGCACAUACACUGGCGUUUGUCAUGAUACCAAUGUUUGUUAGCUCUAUUGGCGUUCUGCUUCUAUGUUUAUAGGUUGAGGUAAUAGCAAACAUGCGGACUGGAUUAAUCCAAUUCUUCGACGUACUUUGCGGGCGCCACAAAGGGCCCGUCCUCUCCCAAGGUGCCAGCGACAUAUCUACUUGGUGUGGCUCCCGCGAGCAGCGAGCUGUCCCUUGCUGUUCUUGAAUGUGAUGGUCGUGUACGCCAGCGUCUUGCCAACUUGUGGCGGUGGUUAGCAGCUUGUAACGCGGCUCACAAAAGUCACUUACUCUUGUCACAAAUGG